CGUCCCCUUUUCCCAGCGUGGAGACUACCUGUGCUCCCCCGAGGAGAAUAUCUACAAGAUCGACUUCGUCAGGUUUAAGAUUCGGGACAUGGACUCAGGCACUGUCCUCUUUGAAAUCAAGAAGCCCCCAGCCUCAGAGCGGUUGCCCAUCAACCGGCGGGACCUGGACCCCAAUGCUGGGCGCUUUGUCCGCUACCAGUUCACACCUGCCUUCCUCCGCCUGAGGCAGGUGGGAGCCACGGUGGAGUUCACAGUGGGAGACAAGCCUGUCAACAACUUCCGCAUGAUCGAGAGGCACUACUUCCGCAACCAGCUACUCAAAAGCUUCGACUUCCACUUUGGCUUCUGCAUCCCCAGCAGCAAGAACACCUGCGAGCACAUCUACGACUUCCCCCCUCUCUCCGAGGAGCUGAUCAGCGAGAUGAUCCGUCACCCGUAUGAGACCCAGUCUGACAGCUUCUACUUCGUGGAUGACCGGCUGGUGAUGCACAAUAAAGCAGACUAUUCCUACAGCGGGACGCCCUGACCCCAUGGGUGCUCUGACCCCAGGAGGCUCCGGUUCUGGGCUCGGAGCUGUGACCUCCCCAACACUCACCCCUCAACCCCAAGUCCUCUGCUUGGGGAGUGCUCCAGGAGCCCCGGACCCUGAGUCAAUGUUGGGAGGAAGGGUACCUGGUGUCCCCAGUCAAGCCGGUGAAGCCCAUGGGGCUGCUACAUGGGGUGGGGUCGUAGGGAGGCUGUUUGCCUCCAUGUCUAGGAAGGCCUGUGAGAGGAGCAGUUGGGACUUCCGGACAACUUAGCUGGGCCCUGCUUGGACCCAAGUUUCAGAAUAGUGUUCCCCUAUCAAGGCUGUGACUAGAUCAGGCAGGGAUCCAUUCCCUGUCCCCUGCCCGCUACCUUCAGGCCAUUUAGAGUUGUAAAUUUACAAAGAUCCACGGUGGGCUCCAGCUGCCAAGCCACCCAAGGGAGUCUGGGCCCUAGGCCCAGCCCCAUCUCUCCCCAUGAGGGGCCAAGACACUGCCUGAGGUGUGGGAGGGACUGGCUGAGAUUGCAGCCCAUGGUAGGAGCUGGACCAACUGUAUAUAGUUUUCAAUAAACUUUUUCCUUUUCUGUUC